AUGUCAGAUACCAACACUCUCCACGUAGCUAUCCUCCCUAGCUCAGGGAUGGGUCACCUUGUCCCUGCCGUCCGCCUUGCUGCUUCUCUUGCCGCUCGCAACUGUCGAAUCACCUUCAUCACCACCCACCCAACCGUCUCCCUUGCCGAGUCACGCCUCGUCUCUCGCCUCGUCUCCUUCUUCCCUAAUGUCACUCGACAAGAGUUUCAUCUCCUUCCCUUGGACCGCUCAACUGCCAACUCAAAUGACCCUUUCUGCCUCCAGUUUGAGACCAUCCGCCGCUCCGCUCACCUCCUCUCUCCAAUCCUCUCUUCCUGUUCUCCGCCUCUCUCUGCUCUUGUCACAGACCCGAGCUUAGUCUCAGCGGUCAUCCCUAUCACGGAAAAGCUUCGCCUUGCUAAUUACAACCUCUUCAUAGCAAGUCCAAAGAUGUUGUCACUCUUAAUCUACUUCCCUACCAUCGCUAAUACUGACCUCAGCACCACUUCCUCUAAAACUACCGAUUAUAUCGAAAUUCCUGGUAUUCCACCCCUACCCAAGUCAUGGCUUCCACCACCCCUUGUAGAUCCUAGUAGCCUCUUCAGGACCCAGUUCAUAGCCAAUGGUCAAGAGAUAGUAAAAUCCGAUGGAAUUCUGGUCAAUGCAUUCGACAGCCUAGACAAGGCAACCGUGGCAGCGCUUAACGGUGGUAAGGUGAUGGGCAGGUUGCCGCCGGUGAUCACGGUCGGGCCGUUUGUACCAUUGGAAUUCGAGAAGGGCUCACCAGUGGAAUGGCUCGACAGGCAACCGGUAGGGUCAGUGGUGUAUGUUUGCUUUGGGAAUAGGACAGCUGCGUCUAGAGAACAAAUUAGAGAGCUGGGUGAUGGGCUUGAGCGGAGUGGGUGCAGGUUUCUGUGGGUGGUGAAGGAAAAGAAAGUGGACAGAGAGGAUGAGGAGGAGGUGGGUGAGAUUGUGGGUCAUGGGUUCCUGGAGAGAGUGAAGGAGAAGGGGUUAGUGGUGAAGAGUUGGGUGGAGCAAGGGGAGGUGCUAGCUCACCCGGCUGUGGGUUUGUUUCUCAGUCACUGUGGGUGGAACUCAAUCACUGAGGCUGCAUUGUACGGUGUGCCCAUUUUGGGAUGGCCACAAGGUGGGGAUCAGAAGAUAAAUGGAGAGGUAAUUCCAAAGAGUGGGUUAGGGAUAUGGGUUGAGACUUGGGGUUGGGAAGAGAUAGUGAAGGGGGAAGAGAUAGGGGACAAAAUUAGGGAGAUGAUGGGAGAUGAGAAGCUGAAAGUCCAAGCAGCCCGUAUUGGGGAAGAGGCUAGGAAGUCUGUUGGAGUUGGUGGAAGUUCUUACAAAGGAUUGGAGGGAUUGGUUGAGAAGAUGAGAAAGGGAAGAGCUUGA